CAACAACUUUGAUUUAGUUUCAUUCUCAAUUGUUUUUAUUCUCUUUGUGUUUUGGAAUUACAUGUAGAAUUGAAAUACAUUAUUAAUUUACAGCUGUUUGUAGAGUUAAUUGCAGUAUGGAUGAAAUAUCUGAUAUUGUUGUUAGUGACGAGGAAGAGGAAAUAACAGCCGACGUUGUUUUAAAAACUCUUCAAACUGCAUGGCAAAAUGAACGAUUGGCGCCAGAAAUAUUACCCCACAACAAUGAUAUGGUGGAGUGUAUGCUUGGCCAAAUACAGCACAUGGAACGCAAUAUCAACAAACUACCUAAAACGGAUCUUAGAGCCUCCAUUCAUAAAAUGGAACUUAGUAGAAUUAAGUUCAUUAUAUGUAAUUAUUUGAGAACAAGACUUAACAAAAUAGAGAAGUAUUGCAUUCAUAUCAUGAACGAUGAGAAGCAGAGAAUAGAAACUGGGACCAAUUACUUAACAUUGGCAGAAUUCAAAUACACCCAAGAAUACAUUGCCAAUAUGGAGGGCCACUUGAAAAAAGUAGUUUUAGAUAAAAUGCCAGGGAAUAUGAAAUCGUUAGAAAUGAACAAAAUGGCUGUUUAUCCAAAUUUACUAACUCACAUAUUUUUAAAAGCAAAUACCUCAAUAAAUGGUGUUGUAUUAGAAGAUUUGGUGGCUGACCAAGAUGAAGAAAUUGAUCUGGAAGAGGGUUCGCAACACAUUCUGCAGUACAAACCUAUAGCUGAUUUAGUGAAAAAUGGAAAAGUUCAAUUGGUUUGAUGUUACUAGAAGCAACAAU